AUUUUCAGUUCGAUUGUGUUCGUAAUUUUUGAUAUUUAAAAUCAAAGUUGUAAAGCAGCUAUUAUGAGUUUUAAUUCAAGUUUUCAAAUGACAUUUAAAAGCGUACAGUAAAAUCAGCGCUAAAUAUGACGUCGAAAAAUCCAGGAUACAUUUCCCCGGAGGCGAGUAAAUUUGGGAACUUCCAGCCCAGAGUUCACCCAGACGGCAGUUUGGUUGAUGUGCCCAGAUCUUCGAAAGGAUUUCCAAUGGAAGACAAACACUUAGAAAAGGAUGAUUUUUAUGGGCCAGUUCCUAAGUCUUCAGAUACAAGGGCUUCAGAUGCCUCGCAAUCUAGCAAUGGUCGAAUGCCUGAAGUGAGAAGCUCCUGCAUGGCGUUCGUGGAAGCAGUCGGGCCCCAAGUGCCAGGAGCUGCCAACUGGUACCUGAGGAUCUUCUGGGUUCUGGCCUACAUUGGACUGACCGCCGUUUUCAUCAUUCAGUUUAUAAACCUUGUCGACCUCUACCUGCAGUACAAGGUGGACACUUCUCUGUCUCUGGUGAGGAGCACAUCUGCCACCUUCCCCGCCAUCACCCUCUGCAACAACAGUCCAGUGAAGAAGAGCAAGCUGGAGAAGAUCAGGCGCUACUCUGACCUGGCCAUGCUGGACGACUACGUGGAGUCGGAAAUGAUGCAGUCGGUGGAGGAGGACUUCGACAUCGAUCUGCCCUACAGCUGUGACCCGAAUGACUUCCACUGUAUCAACACGGGGGAGUGCAUUCCGUGGGAGUGGGUGUGUGACGGAGUGGCCCACUGUGAUGACGGACUGGACGAAGGCUGGGCCCCUUUUGGCGCAGAUGUCGUUCUUGAUUUGCUGGACACAGCAGCAAAUAACUACACAACUGGGGAGAAAGUGAACUGCACAGGGUACACUAACCCCACCCAGAACAUGGGGUACAGUCAGCACAACACAGACAACUACUGCGAAGACGGAUAUGUCAGGUGUAAUCGCACGGAUGAGCCAGUGUGUGCGGCGCCCUGUGACGACUCCAUCGAGUGCUCCAAUGGCUUCGACGAGUCCCCCCACAUAGGCUGUGUGGAAGUGCUGGACUGUGGGAGUGCAGUGGCUCUCACCACUUCUGUGCCCCAGGAAAUUCUCAGCCCAGAUUACCCGAAUGGAUAUGAUAACGACAAGACUUGCGAGUGGACAGUCACUUCAGCCGCUGGAACUAAAAUCUCUGUCACUUUCAACCACAUGGAAGUGGAAAUAGACCAGGGAGAGUGCAGGGACUACCUCAACUUCAGAGACGGGGGCGGACCCGGAGACCCCAUGAUCAAAGUGGACGGCACUGGACGAGUGUGCGGCGACCAGACAUCACCCACUGGCUUCGACACCACCGCCAACGAACUCUUCAUUCGCUUCGUCACUGACAGGUCCUAUGGCUGGCCUGGAUUCAACCUGACAGUCACUUCCAGCCCAGUUACAAAAAAGCGAGCAAGGAGAGACAUCUCAGCUCGCACUCAGAAAACACUGGAGCGGAAGUUUCGAGAGAAGUCGGCUCGAAAGAGGCGCACAGCAUCUGCCGACUACGAUCCCGCAAAUUAUGGGGAUGACAUCAAUUACGACGUCAACUUCUGGGAAAACUAUGACACUUGGUACAAUUCCUACGACCCCUACGAUCAUUAUGAUGACAAUAUGGCGCCUUACGACUGGAUUGAGGCGUAUGAAAAAUCUAACAAGCCGGACUAUUCGGACUUCCGCUCCUUUGCUCUGUUCACGCAGAACGAAGUGAAGUUUUUCGGAACUCAAGCGGUGGAUUUCAUAGCGCAGUGCACGUUCGACGGAAGAGUGUGCAGCUAUGAUAGUUUUCAGACUUACCAGAACCCGAAGUAUGGCAAUUGUUUCCUGUUCAACACAAUCUUCGAGCAGAGUGUCAUGUCAGACGGAAGUUUCCAGGGCAUCCGCAGCACCUCUAGGACUGGGCAGGAGUACGGACUGAAAGUGACUCUUUUCAUUGACGAGGAAGAGUACAUUGGUGUCCUUAGCCAGAAUGUUGGCGCCCAGGUGCUUCUGACCAGCCCUAACGCGGUGCCCCUCCCCGAAUCGGAGGGCAUCCAACUGGCAGUGGGCUACAACACUCGGGUUGCCAUGCGACAGGAGCAGAUCCAACGGAGGGGCGGCAACUACGGCACGUGCCACGCCAGCUGGCCCACAGAUGCGAUCGACUUCUCAGACAAGUUCCUGGACACGUGGCCCUUCUACAGCCAGAAGAUAUGCGAAGUGUACUGCGUGCAGACUUACAUCUACGACAGAUGCGACUGCACCGAUCACUACCUCGAGGGCUUCAACCAAAACAGAGACGAUGGGGACAAUGCCAUGUGCAGCAUGUGGAAUGUUACACAGCGCGAUUGUGUGCGGGACAUCUACAGCCAGUACAGGAGCAGCAACCUCACCUGUCCCUGCUACUCCCAGUGCGACUCAGACGUCUACCAGUACGCCUCCAGCUCCACCGAGUGGCCGUCGCCUCAGUUCACACCUUAUUUGGUGCAGGUGUUACGUAAGAACAGCGAGAGUGAGGUAAUCCAGCAGUACCUGUGGGAUCUUCUCGGAGACAGCUCCAAUGGCGCCAUGCUGUCCGACACGAGAGAACUCGCCAAGGAGCUUCGCAAACAGUUCCUCCGAGUCGAAGUGUUUUUCGAGGAGUUGAACUUCCAACUGCUGAAAGAGAGUCCCAGCUACACUAUGACCAACUUGAUGUCGGAUUUUGGCGGCAACAUCGGUCUGUGGAUCGGGUGGAGCGUGUUGACUUUCCUGGAGAUUGCGGUGCUCACAAUUAACUUGCUCAAGAUUCUUCUAUUCGGAAAAGCUUGCUGAAUUUGUCCCAAAAACUGCGCAUCGAUUAUAUAUAUUUUUUGCUUAAACCAAAAAAAAUAAUCAAUUGUACAUAUUGGGGUUUUAGUCGAUGCUCUCAGUUUGUCCGGAUUACUGCAAUUCGAACUGAAAUGGUAUUUUUCUAAAUUCUGAGUUAUAUUUUUAUAGUUUUUUGUGUACUAACUGAAACUGAACAUUUAUUGCAGUGCGACAAUUUCAAGCACCCCACCUGCGUAUCUGACUGUAAAUUCUUUCACUUAACAGAUUAUUUAGAUGCUUGAUUUGAAAAAAAAAACAAUGAUCCGGCAGUUUUUUGAGCCAUAAAGAAUAGGGUUGUGAUUGAAUCUUUAAGUGAAACUGAUGGCAAGGCUGUGUGCCAACGUGUUUCAUAUCACCAGCAGUAUAUGACGAAAUGUAUGUUAUUUUUAUCAUAUCAAGUCUUGUCUCGUUUUUCGUUGUAUAAAACACUAUUUGUACUGAGAUGAUAUGCUAGCAAGUGAUUGAAUUUUUGGACAACUGAGGCGAUAAUUGA